AUGUCUCCGCACUAUUUAUCAAAUUUGUUGAAACGGUUGACAUUCAAACCUGUUCCCGGGGAGAAUAACAUCUUCUUUGUUGAGACUUCGUGCGCAUUCAAGAAGUUUCCCAACCCAGCUUCUUAUGAUUCAGAGAGUAAUCAAGGGACACUAUUCAUGAUUUUUAACACUGUCCAAAGGUACGUUCCUACAAAUAACAAAACUACUACCAGUGCUGAAACAAAAAAUCAAUUUGGAAUUGGAGCUUCAUCACUUCGAACCAUUUUUGAAAUCUAUGGGAUUCGUUUGGAAGAGAAAGUUCAGAAACAACGAAAAUACUUACUGUUUAGGAACGAGAGAUCCAACAAAUGUGUUACUCAAUUAAUAAGGUCAUGGGCUAAAUCGACACUUGAAUACCAUUUGACAAGAGUUAGUACUCGUCCAAAAGGAAGAUCGUUAGAAGAUCAAAGGAACUUUGGAUGUCCGGAGAACCGCAAUUAUGUGUCGGUGGGUGCCAUCAACUUCGCCUUCGAUACGACGGGCCGUCGAUUUGCUAAGGCUUGCAUUGAAGAAAUGCGAGAUUUCCACCCGACCCUUUGGGUCCAUAAUGGAGCAGGAGCCAUCACACGCGCCGUGAAAAAAGUCUGCGCCAUAAAUCAGAUCAACGAAAUUACAAAAGAAAAAUGUGGAGGUUUUCAUCUUCUUGCCACAUCAACUUUCUAUUCAAUACCAUGGAUGUCCUGGCAAUUACUAUUUAAAGAAGAAGGUGCCAAGGAGACAAUGAAAAUGAUUGGUAAUAACUUGGCAGUUCAUGUGUGGAAUGCUAAAAGUCACGAUGCAACUGUAUACACUUCGUCUAUGCAACCAUAUGCCCAAAUUGCUCGUCGAGUGUGUCCCAAGGAAGGCUAA